UACAUACUCCAUAAUAUCACAUGCACACUCAUACCUAGAAUAAAUAUAUAGGACAUCCCCAGUUAACAUUUCCAGUAUGUUGAUGGCUACUGGACAGCAGCUCUAAAAGUUUUUUUUAAGGCCUUAGACAGUGUCAAAUGGGUUGUAGUGCACACUGUAGCACCAUAACAAGUUGGAUACAAAACACACCGGUGACAAAUGCAUAUAUUUAUAUCCAUCUCUGUGUGGCUGCGACCUAGUUGGAGUGUUUGGUGAGUCUGAAACCAUCACCUGUUAGGUUUGGGUGCUAUUGCAUCUUACAGGGACGUUGCUCGAGAACCACUGUACGGAUGUGUACAGUGGUGUGUGUAAACCCUCAGUUACAGGGCAGAUGUGUCUGAACAGUAGAACUAAUGAGGAAACUAGCACCUGAAAUGACUGAUGGGCAGACCAGCUGUCAGUGUGUGCCAACAGAGCUGUCUAACAGCAGCUAGCAUGCAGGGUUUUGGGCCUUCCUCCUACAAAAUGGGUUCUGGGAAGUGCUUAUGUGGUGCCUUUACCCUCCUUUCCCCCUUCAUUAUUUCCCUUCUAUUUCCUUGUCUCCCUCUCAGUUGUUUUAGUUCUCUGUCUUUCUUUUCUCUCUCUCUCUCUCUCUCUCUCUCUCUCGCUCUCUCUCUCUCUUCUCUCUCUGUAAUUACGGAGUCUCUGAUUGGUCGGGUGGUUGAGCUGGCAGCAGCCAAUAGGAGCUCUGGUAGCAGUGCCCCUCGAUCUCCUGGAAAGGUUUGUGUGUGUUAAUUAUUAGGGGUCUGUUUAAAACCAGACCUAACCAUUUUAGGGGGCACAGUCUGUCAGUAGAGCCAGAGGGACAGGGUGCACCAGGAGUCUCACAUACACACUUAAACAUCCAGCCUCUGAACCGGCCAGUGGGCUUCGUCUGAUACAGCCUCUCCUCAAGAUCCAACAGAGACUCCACUACACACAACUACAGGAGAGGAGGAGGCCAUGGCUGGAAGGAGCAGAACGUCGUUCUCCGGUGUGUUGACUGCUGCUCUGCUGGCCACCAUACUGCUGCCUGAAUUCCUGUCGGCAGGGCCGGUGUUACAGAAGCUCAAUGGACAAGUAGGGGAUGCCACUGAAGAGACAGCGGUUGCCAUGGCAUCGGCAAGGAGGCUUGUCCGUAACCGUAGAAACAUCAGCUGGUACAAGCAACACUCAGACUUCUGGAGCUGGUACAAAUACUUCACGGACAAUGGAAACACGGAGGCAGUCCAGGAGCUGGACAGGGUCUACCUGGCCUACCUCCAAAAUAAGAACCGUGCUGAGGGACGUCGCUCUUAUAAGGCCUACCUGGGCCACCUAGGGGACAUCUACAAGGCCUGCGCCGACUCAGAAGACCCAAACUGCGUGGCCUCGGCCACUAGCCGGCAAAAACCUGAAACCCCCAAGGCCCCUCCUAAACCCGCCCCUGUCAAGGCCUGUGACUCCUACAGGGACCCAUAUUGUCUGUAUGCUGCCAAGAGCCAGCCCCCACCUUCUCCUGGCCCGGUCAAGGCCCCAGCCCCCAAUUAUGUGCGCUCCCCUGUGGCUGUUAAAGAACCUCAUUCUGGGUACUACUCCUCCCCCGCUGUGCAGCCCUUCUUGUCCAAGGAGCAGAAGGCGGAGCUGCUGCGUAUCUGUUCAGCGGAGGAUGUGGACUGUCUCCAGUACCACCUGAGAGCUGCUUUCGGCCACAAUCCCUCCGCUGGGCCCCUGCCCUCCUACGCCCACCUGGGCUGUGACCCGAAAGACCCCACCUGUAAACCCCAGCUGGUCCAAAAAGCUCCCUCCGGCCUCUUCCUCCGUUACCCCAACUGUGACCCCAGAGACCCUCGCUGUGCCUACGCUGCAUCCCUACAGGCUCCCCGUGCCCCUGCUCCCCCCGCCCCGGCAGGUCCUGGUUCCUGCAACCCUCUGUUUGAGGACGGUUGUAACCCUCUCACUGCAACCAAGUACGCCACGGCACCAGAGGAGUUCAAGGAAGAACACAAAGAUGAACCCGCCGCAAUGCGUGCUGCGCCCCCAGCUCCCGAGCAACGCAGCGACCCAUUCGCUAUGUACAGGGAUGCUUAUGCUAAUGCUAAUGGUAACCGCCAAGGCAGUGCUCCAAGCUCUCAAGCUGGUGACCCAUAUACCAUGUUCGGCCAAGGCAGUGCUCUCAGCGCUCAAGCUAGUGACCCAUAUGCCAUGUACCGCCAAGGCAGUGCUCUCAGCGCUCAAGCUAGUGACCCAUAUGCCAUGUACCGCCAAGGAAGUGCUCCCAGCGCUCAAGCUAGUGACCCAUAUGCCAUGUACCACCAAGGCAGUGCUCCCAGCGCUCAAGCUAGUGACCCAUAUGCCAUGUACCGCCAAGGCAGUGCUCCCAGAGCUCAAGCUAGUGACCCAUAUGCCAUGUACCGCCAAGGCAGUGCUCUCAGAGCUCAAGCUAGUGACCCAUAUGCCAUGUACCGCCAAGCCAGUUCUCCCAGCGCUCCAGCUAUUGACCCAUAUGCCAUGUACCGCCGAGCUAUCGCUAGUGCUCAAGCUAACGACCCAUACACCAUGUACAGGCAGGCUAAUGCUAACGAUCCCUUAGAAAUGUACCGUGAAGCUGCAGCCUCCAUGCACAGACAUGUCCCCCCCUCCCCGCCGCAGCAGGCCCCCGCCCCCCCUCCCCGCUAUGAGGAGCCCACACAGGAGGAUCGCCACCCGCUGGGCCCCCGGGGAAGGACCAAGGAGGGCUAUGAAUGCUUCAUCGGCUACGACCAGGAGUGCUACCCAAUAGCCCGCGCAGAGCCGCGUUCUGGCGUCCACCGUAACACCGCCUACCCCGCCGAGCCCUACGAGCCGCAUCUCAAUGCCGAUGGAUCACGGAACGGAGUUCUGGAGCCUUCUGACCCCGACUGUGACCCGGAGUACGACACCAACUGCCGCCUGCGUCGCUAUGAACCCCGGGAGGAUCUGCUGCCAGACGCCAACGCCCAAGCUGUACACCAGGGAGAGCCACAGCACAGCCGGGACCAUAGCUACAACCAGGGGGAGCCAGAGAGAGAAAGCGAGGCAGAUUCAGAGCCAUACCAGAGUGGCCAGGAGGAGACCUACGGGGCUUACCCCCCUCCCUCGCAGGGGCUGUCAUACGGGUCCUACCCCUCAACCCAGCAGGGAAUGCCCAGCUUCCAGGACAUGCUGAGAGGAUACAGAGACCAGUACCCUGAACAGGAUAACCACAGAGCAUACGCUGCUGACUACCGCCAAAAAUAAAUACACACAUAUACACAUACAUGCAUGCAUACACACACACACACACACACACACACACACACAUGUGUAUGUGACAAAUAAAAUUAGAUUUGAUUUGAUUACAUACAUAGACACACACUGCAUAUGCCCUAAAGACUACAACAACAAAACUAACCAACACACCAGCCAAAAACAGGAGCAGAUGACAUGGAACACUAUAUUUAAUACAAACAAUAAGACUGAAUGAAGUCUGACACACACACACGUCACACACACACAUGCACACACACACACGUCACAUAUGGAAGAACAGGCAGACACACACACACAUAGUAAUGUGCUGUUAGCAGUAGAAGCAGGAGGAGUUUCUCUCCACUAGCUGUUUUAUCUGUCAGUUUGAUAGCUUUUAUUCAUUGAUGAAUUGACCCCCUAUUCUCACUGGAAUAUUGAAUACAUUCUUGCAGCUCUGCUUCACUUCUGAAGCUACAAACUUCACAUUAUUUUUGUGUUUGUUUUGUUUAUGAUGUAUUAUGUAAAGUUUUUUUUACACUUUGAAUGUUUUAAAUAAAAGCUUUGAAAAACAUG